CGUAGGACAAACGUCACAGUGACGGUUUCUCCAACUGGACAGCUAUGGAGUUGAUAUACUUAAAUACUUCUUCCAUUCAACUUUCCACCCUACGGUUGCAUACAUUGCUCGAGGAAACGAAAUAGAAAGAGAAUAUCAAAAAGACAAAAAGCACAAUGCAGCAAUACACCGAAAGGCCAGCUCGUGGCGCUGAAUCUCAGUUUCAGCCAGGUAAGUCUCGUGUGCCCUCUUUGGCUGUAAUCCAAUAUUCCUGACAAGAGUCUCAGGGCAUCAAAUUCCCAUUCAACAUCAGAGAAAGCCCGGGCUCCAAUCCGAGUUGGAAGACCCAAAGCCUGUUUCUACCCGUCUACCAACAGAGGAUGGUGGCUACCAGACUUACAAGGCAGCCGGAAAGUUGGAAGGCAAAAGGGCCAUCAUCACCGGCGGAGAUUCAGGAAUUGGACGUGCCAUUGCGAUACUUUUCGCCAUGGAGGGCGCAUCAAGCCUGAUCAUCUACCUCCCAGAAGAAGAAGAAGAUGCGCAGGAGACGAAGAGAAGAGUCAAGGAGGCUGGGCGUGAAUGUCAUUGCUUGGCAAUAGACAUUCGGAAAAAGGAAAAUUGUAAAAAGGUGAUUGACACGGCUCUUCAAUGUAUGGGCGGGAUUGAUAUCUUGGUGAACAAUGCCGCAUUUCAAAAUAUGCUGAAUGAUAUCAGCGAACUGGAUGAGGCUCAGUGGGAACGCACCUUUGACACCAAUAUUCAUCCACUGUUCUAUCUUUCAAAAUACGCCCUACCGCACAUGAAGAGGGGCUCAACAAUAAUAAAUUGCUCGUCAGUUAAUCCAUAUAUUGGGCGUGGCGACCUCCUUGACUAUACAUCUACCAAGGGUGCUAUAGUAGCUUUCACCCGAGGCCUGUCUAACCAGCAAAUUCACAAGGGCAUACGAGUCAACUGCGUAUGCCCUGGCCCAAUCUGGACCCCCCUUAUACCAUCAACCAUGCUUACUUCUGCAAUGGAACAAUUCAGCUCCGUGCCCAUAGGUCGUCCAGGACAGCCAAGUGAGGUUGCAACAUGUUUUGUUUUCCUUGCCAGCCAAGACAGCAGCUACAUAUCAGGGCAAUGCCUCCAUCCCAAUGGUGGGGUGGUGGUUAAUGGGUAG